CACUGUAUCAGAGGUGACAAAGUUCAUUUAGCAGAACCAACAGAUCACCUGUCCUACAUUUCUAAUAAAUGAUCUUGGUGGCAAAUGGACAGGAGGUGGUUAUCAAACAAAGAGCAGAAAAAAAGAUGGACAUGAAAAUGGAUGAAGUGCAUUAUCUUCCAGUACCUCCUUCAGUAAAUCAUUGAUUUCAGGCUAUGGUUUCUUCAACAACACAUUUUUUGUAGGUUAAACAUACAAGGUUUAAAUGUUUUUUGCUGAUCAUUUAUAGAAUUGUACAAUGUGGAUUCUAAUAGUUUUGCUGAUGAAUUGCCUCAUGUUGGCAGCAGAGGAUAUAGAAAAAUACUUUGGAGAACUUUCAUCCCCUGGCUAUCCUUUCAAGUAUCCCCCAGACACGAGAAUGACAUGGAAUAUAUCAGUACCUUCAGGGUUCACAAUCAAGAUUCAGUUUAUUGAUCUUCAUACUGAAGAAUCUGAGGAAUGCACAAGUGAUUUUGUGAUGCUCACGUCAGGCAGUGAACACAUAGUUACUCUUUGUGGAAGUACUGGCAUAUGGCUCGAAGGCCCUACCCUUCCAGCACUUGCAGAGUAUACAACACAGUCAAAUGCAAUGACUGUAAUUUUUCAAUCUGGUCAGAACAAUGAAUUCCCUUAUAGGGGGUUCAUUGCCUACUACACGGCUGAAGAUAUUGAUGAAUGCUCAGGGAAAAUUAAUAACCACUCUUCAUGCCAGCACUAUUGUCAUAAUUACCCAGGGGGAUUCAGAUGUUCCUGUUCCCCAGGGUACAGACUGGCAAGUGAUAAAAGAAGCUGCGAACACUUUCUCAAAAAUGUUUCUCUCUGCAGUGCACCAAAAGUUCUCCCAAAUGGAUACUUAGUCCACAGAUGGUCUAUGGAGAGUGGCACACAUGAGUCCAUCAUUCAAUACCACUGUAAUAAGCAUUAUGAGAUGGUGACAUACAAUGAUAAUAAUGGCAUAUAUACAUGUAGAGGUUCACAUCACUGGCAAGAUGUGAAUGGUUAUACCAAAAUUCCAGACUGCUUACCUAUAUGUGGGAAACCAGUACAUGCUAUAGAAAACUACAGACAGGUCCUGUCCAUGACAGAUGCCCCAGCAGAGAGUUUCCCUUGGCAAAGCAUGGUCAGAAUUGGAAGAAAACAGGGAGCAGGGACUUUAAUUAAUGACCAGUGGAUCCUAACAGCUGCGCAUAUAAUUUAUCCCAAAGGAUCAGUAUGGAACCCAAACAUCACUGCUGUACAGGACAUCAUUGUUCAUCUUGGCAAGAAUGACAUCGCUAACUUCACAAAGCCUUUAGAGGUCGAGAGUGUAUUUGUGAAUCCACACUUCAGGGAAAAUCCACAUAACUUUGACAGUGAUAUUGCAUUAAUUAAACUGAAACAAAAAGUUUUUCUGACUGACAACCUUUUGCCUAUAUGUCUUCCAUCCCCAUAUGAUGAACACUUUUAUGAGACUAACCAGGUGGGGUUUAUCAGCAGCUGGAGAAAACUAAAAAAUGAAAUCUCCACAAGUAAGUUAAAAUACAUUGGUCUCCCAAUCAUUAACCUGGGGAACUGCAGUAAUUUCCUCCAGUAUCAUAAGGCAGAAAGUACCAUUCUAGUGUUGAGUGAAGACAUGUUUUGUGCUGGUUUCAUGGAUGAAACAGUGGAUCCAUGUCAUUUCAAUGGAGGAACAGGUUUUAUAGUACAAGAAAAUGAUACUUGGGUGCUUGCAGGGAUUGUCUCCAAAGGUACAAACUGUGGAAAGCCUGGACAUUAUGGAUUAUUCACAAAAGUGUCACAAUACAUUAAUUGGAUAAGUGGAAUCAUUUCACGUAAUUAAGGUCUAAGUUAAUUGGCAGAAGAACAAUAUGCACUGUGUUGUUGUGGUCAUCUUUCAACUGUUUCAUGCCGUGUUUCUUAGUUUCAAAUAAUCUCUUUGAUUUAUUUAUGAAUUGUACAAAAUCAACUUAUAUGUAUCAUAAUAGAAUAUGUUUCUUGAGGUCACUAUAGUUGCUGGCAUUAACAUAUGAACCACCAGAGAAAUAAACUACUUUGCAUUUUUGUUUCA